AUGUCGUCCUUCGACUCCGUCGCUGCCAUCGCCGGCGACGACGAAGCGCUCGCACAUUCUCCCUUUGGCAUCUCCGACGGCUACAACGCCGAGGGCAGCCGGGGCCACGGCAUGCAUCGCGGCCACCGCUUCGCCACGUCCUACUCCUCCUUCGGCACCGCCCUCUCCGAGGACGACCUCGUGGGGAUCGCCGGCGAGGGGUUUGGCAGUGGGUAUGGCGCGUACACCAUGGCGCCGGACUCCAACGGCAGCGGCUACAUCGGGGUCGAGGAAGUGCUGAUGGGCAGCCUGCUCCAGGGCGGCAUCGGUGGCAGCAUCGAUGACGACCUGUUCGUCAGGGCUGUCGACGACAGGGCCGUCCUGCCGCCGCCGGAGGCCAUGAGAGACGAGGGCACCCUCCGGCGUGAGUGGCGCCGCCAAAACAGGUUGAGGCUGGAGGAGAAGGAGCGCAAGGAGAGGGAGCGGCGCGCCGAGAUCAUCGCGGAGGCCGAGGAGUUCAAGAAAUCCUUCCUGGAGAAGCGCAAGCUCAACUGCCAGAGGAGGCGCACACACAACAGAGACAAGGAGAAGGUGUUCAUGGCGAACCAGGAGAAGUUCCACAAGGAGGCGGACCAGCAGUACUGGAGGGCGAUCGCGGAGCUGGUCCCGCACGAGAUCCCGGGGCUGGAGAAGCGGGGCGCCGCCGGCAGGAAGAAGAAGGAGCUGGAGAAGAAGCCCAACAUCGUGGUUGUGCAGGGGCCCAAGCCGGGCAAGCCCACGGACCUCUCCCGGAUGCGCCAGGCCCUCGCGAAGCUCAAGCAAAACCCGCCAGCGCACAUGGUGCCGACGCCCCCGCCGGAGGCCAAGGAGGAAAAGAAGGACGGCGACAAGGACGCCAAGAAGGACGGUGGCAAGGGUCCAAAGCAGGCGGAGGAGAAGAAAGACGGCAAGAAGGUAGCCGGAGAAGGCGAGAAGAAGGCGACGACCGGUGUUGGGAAGGCUGCGACAGGUGGUGGCAAUGCUGCUGCCGCCGCUCCCCCGGCGGAUAAGGCACCUAAACAACCGGCGAUGAAGAAGUGACUGUGGUAAUAGCACCUGGACCCGUCCAUUGCGUUGCAGUUCAUUCUCUUCUUCUAGCGGUGAUUUUAACUUCAGCUCAGUUUGUUUCUGUUUCAUAAUAUAUGUUAUGCAUAAACUGUUCCGAGUUUGGUCAUUCAAGAAUUGAUUAAAAAGGUUCA